AAUAGAUUAAGUAUUGCAAUUUAAUUAAUGGUAAUUUAAAUGUGUGAACACUUUUUUUGUGUGUGGGCUACAAAUGAAUGAGGAGUAGACAGAAAAAAAUCUGCAGUACAUUAUACUUGUGUUUUUACAUGGCAAUGAUUUCAAAUGUUAAUGGUGGAUCAAUCUUACUUUUUGUUGAGCUCAGUUUUGUUUCGCAUUCGUGUGAAUCAAAAUGACAGAUUGCAGAUGAAAAUAGAUUCAAAGGUGUCAGCGAGUUCGAAGAAACACUGUAUGCGACUUGCGUGUGUGUGAUGGAUAGAAAGGGUGUGUGUGUGAGGUGUGUAUGUGUGAUGGAGAGAAAGGGUAUGUGUUACUGUGUUUCUGUGCAGUGGGAUUAGUGACACUGGUGUUAUUUAAAGCGGCGUGCUAUAGUGUGGAGCUGCUAGACAGUGUCUCAGACACAGCAGGAGAGGAUGCAGAAGAUCUACGUGCAGAGUGAUGGGCACUUUGAGGUGUUCACCACUGUCUUCUCCCCACAAGCUUGUAGAGCAAGAACAAGAUACAGGCCUAGGGAAGCAGUGAAGGUAGUAGCAGCAGUCAACUACAGGCCUCAAUGGCCAGAUGAACUUCAACUCUGUCAGGGUGACAUCAUCCAAGUUCUCUUCAGAGAUGAGCCGUCGUGGUGGUUCGGGCGUCUACAGAACGGGGCAGAGGGGUACUUUCCAACCGCAUGUGUGACCAGACUGAACCAGAGUGAUGAUCAUGGGCCAGUGAAUGCCAAUCCAAGCUCGUUACAGAGUUCAUCCAAGGAUGCAGCUCCUGAUGCCCCCUGUGGCUGCACAAGCGGUCGUAGUACUCCAAAGGUCCCCAGGCAUGAGAAAGAGAGCUUCUUCCGUGCCCUGGGACACGAGGCUUCCUCAAAGUCAGGCUCAGCCCACAGCUCCCCUAGCCUGUUGCACCGUGUGCUGUCCAAGGGCCACCGGAGGAAGAUUGACGCCCAGGGACUGGGAGAUGUAAAUUGCUCCAUCAAUGUAGCAUUCGAACCUGACUGAUUGUUUAUCUCUAAGAAUUGUAUCAUGUAUGUGCAGCCCUUUAUUCUGUGUUAGUUUCCAUGGCUGUUAGGUUCAUCAAAACACAAACUUCACAAAAAUGGAGCUAUUAUAGCUGUCAUAUUUUGGGGUAAUAGUGAAAUAUCAAUCAUAAGCGUGUGACAUGUUGCACUACUUGUUCUGGAGUAUGUUGUUUAUCCUCUAUUCACCAUUGAGAUUAAUGGAGUACAGCAAAGUACAUGUUCUGUCCGUCUUCUCUACUGUUAAUAGCCAACUGUGAUCCCUUAUUUGUUAGCUGUUUUUACCCCAUUGUUAUUUGCACUGUUGCUUCACUUUAAUUUGUACAUAUUGUAUAUAUUAUAUUUGAACAAAAUACAUUGUAAUGUUA